AUGGCCGGCCACCGAUUUCGGAGAGCGCCUCCGCUCCUUCUGGUGACCCUUUGCGCCUCGCUGUGGCUUGGCCUGCCUUCCUUCCCGGCCUUCGCAUCCCCUGCGAAAGGGAAGAAGCAAGAACAGGUCAGCAUGUUCGACAUGGCAACCAGCGCCAGGAAAACAAAGUCGAAGCCCAAGUCAAGGUCAAAGCCGGGCAAGGGCAUGGCCAAAGCCAAACCAGCGAAGGCGAAGGUGAAGCCUUUUCCAAGCAGCACAGGGGACUCCUUCCUGCCGGCACAGGGGGCCUGCGUAGCAUUGUCAUUUCUGCCUGUGCAAUAUCCGACUGAGCAGCUUGACCUUGAAAAGAUCUUGUUUUCGCCAGACUCCACCUUCAAGAUUGGUCUCGGCAUCAGCAUAGUGGGAUUCCUGAUCGGUUUGGUCUCCAUUGUUACCGUCACGGCAGCGAUGGAGGACAAGAGUGGCCGAUUGGCGACUUCGGGCCCCUUCGCUGUUGUAAGGUCUCCGACCUACACAGGCUUCAUCAUCAUGUGCGCGGGCGCCUGCGUCAUGGCGAACCUGAGCCCUGUCCGGGCGCUUUUCACGGUGGCCCUGGCCGGCGUUUUGGCGCUGAAGCUGGCUGAGGAAGAGGAGGCCUUGAAAGAGGCACGGCCGGAGGAGUGGAUGCGAUACACAAAGAAAGUGCCGUUCAAGCUUGUUCCGCAGGCGGUGCCCAAAGCGAGGACCUGGCCCGUGCUGCUACUUGUAGGAGCGUCCUGUCCGGCUCCGGAAGUCUCUGCUCUGGAGCUGGGAGAGGCCUUCGAGCCGGCUGGGCAUCAGGCUGACAAGAGUCAACGGGCAUGCAGGUUCUUCGAAUGGAGCGGUGAUCGCCGUGGCUUUGCCGGCCAUAGCUUUGAGGACCGCGUCAAGGCGGCGGUCGGUGAGGCGGAAGCAAGUCAGAGGGCAGCGGUUCCCCAUGUCCGCCGGGCUGCUGCGGGCUUUGCCGUCGCCCCACCCAGGAAGCGAGCCCGGCGUGGGCCGAAGGGCGGCUUCGCCAAGGAGGCCAAGCUGAGGAGCUGGUUGAAGCAGCUGGGCUGCGUCGGCGUGGACUUGAUCGAGAUCGGGCAGAAGUCCGGCGUGUGGCUGAAGCCCGACCUGAGCAGCGAGCAAGAGGCCGCUGUCAAAGAAGGAAGGAUCGUCUUAGAGGUGCCGCGGCAAGCUUGGAUCCAAGCAGACCCGACGGCCUCCAGUGACGCCGACAUCGAGGAGUUACUCGCUGCUGAACUUCUGAAGGAAAGAGCCAAAGGGCCUUCUUCCAGUUUCGCUCCGUACGUGGACUUCUUGUGGUGCAGGGAUCUUUCCCACCAUCCCAUGUUCUGGACGCAAGAAGAGCUCUCCUGGCUAUCAGCCUGCAAUGGAGCACAGACUGCGGUGUUGGCGAUGCAGGAGCAGGCGGAGUGUCGCCGAGCGAAGCUGUGCGAGCGACUGGACAUCACCGUGCCGGAGGAGGACGUCCUGUUUGCCCUCUGCCUAGUGGAGAGCAGAGCAAUCCAGACCGAUGGGGUUUGCGGUGCGUUGGUGCCGCUUCUGGAUCACUUGCGCAAUGAUUCGACUGCCGGACCUGCUCUGAUUGUUGGAGAUGAAGGUGUCGACGGCGGUCCAAUGGUGGGUGUGGCGCUCCACGAUCUGGAGCCUGGAACGGAGUUGCGAAACUGUUUCGAGCCCGCGAGCAACCUGGAGCUGUUCACCCAAUAUGGUGAGGUGCAGAUCAAAGACACCUCCACGGACGAAGAUGCCGUUCCUGAAGCUAACGCAUUUAAUUAUGUCCAGCUUCCAAUCAAGGUUCCUGCGGAGCAGUGGAGGGCAAGUUCAGAUUCACUGAAGAAGGUGAAGCUUGACAUUUUGCGCAGGCGUGCUGGUUUCGACUUCAGCCGGGAAGCUGACGGCUCGGAGCCAUUCAUGCGUCUUCCCAUGGAUGCCAUGGUGACCGGUCGCCUCUUGCCGACGGCCCGAUUCAUUUGCAUGCCAGUGCCGCCGCAGGACAUGGAGGAGACGUGUGAUGAGCUUUUCACGAAUCUCUUUGCAGACUGUGAUCCCAGCCUUCUUCCUGGCAGUGAACUCGAGUGGGGCGGCCGAUCUGCAAGUUCGCGAGCACCGCCAAACAAUGCUGACGAGUUGGCCCUGGAAGUCAAGGCCCGAGUCCUUGUGGCCGAGUGGUUCGAGAACAGCCUGCGGGGCUACAACAAGAUGUCCGAGAAAAUCGCACAGGAGUUGGAAGACACAUUGGUUACUUCGUCCGGAUCUCCGACUGCGCCUGGGGAUAGCAGCCAGCUACAACUGGCAGAAGUUACUUACGCCUACUACAAGGCAAAGCGCAAAGAUGGCAGGACAGGGAAGAGUCGAGCACCAAAGACGUGCCGAGUACUCUCCUCUCGUCCCAGCGACAAGACGGUCAUAGUUCAAUUUCUGGAGAAUGGCGUGAGGCACACUAUUCCCGAGGACUGGCUGGUUCGUGAGGCUGACAAAGGUUCAGCCGCUGCGGAGAAGGGUGGGCAGCAGCUGGCUUCUGCCCAUCGGGCACGUGGCCUCCUGGCCAUGGCUCUCCUGGGCAGCCAGUCUUCCAUCAUCCAGGCUUGUUACGAGAUGUUGCUGAAUGUGCUGCAGAUUGGUCAGGGAAUCCUUGACUGCAAACAAGAGCAAGAACGGAGAUUUAUGGUCCAACAGCUUCAGCAGGCUUGGCAGGAGGAGUCCGACAUGCUCCUUCAAUGUCAGUCUGAGAACCAGGAGCCUGCGUGA